AUGCCGCCGCACCUUCCUGGGCAAAAUGGAGUCCUCUGGAACGAGGGCCGCGUUGUCGGCCGUUCUCUGCUGGUGCUACUUGCGUUUCUCUUUGUAUCCGGGUGCCUGUUCAUGGCGGCAUUAUACCCACAUUUACCCAUGCUGGUUUUUAUCGUUAUGGGCAUGGGAGUUCAUGUGAGCAUACGUUGGCUUACGAUGCCAAACAUGAGGGGUCGCGCUUCUGGGCGAGUCCAAGAUCUGCGCGUCGAGUCUCAGUGGAACUCGCUGCAGAGGCUCAUCCGGAAAUCUGAUGACACGCUCAAGUUUUACAAGGCCUUCGCGAUCGCAUGCAUGCUGAGCUCCGCCGCCGUCACAGCUGCUUGGACCAUUCAGCUGCUCAGGGGACGGCUCUGCUUCUCGGACUGCGGCGCCCAACUCACGGUCAUCGGCGACAGCUGCCCCGAGGAGUCCGACGGCCUCGAAUCUGGCCCCACCGUGUUCCUGGCCAUGAGCCCCCUGUUUGUCGCGUUCGCGGACCUGGUCUUCGGCCUCUUCGCGCUGAUUCGGGUAGUGCUGAACAGCACCUACCUUUCGACGUCGAGGUACCGCAAUCAGCUUGCGUCCGCCCUCCGCGCGGACCCAGAGGCUCUGCAGAGGAGUGGGAAGGUGCUGGUGCCAGCGGAGGUGAGAUCUCAACUCGGGCCCACUGGCGGAGGGCUUGGUGUGAACGACGACGGCCGUGAUUGUACCGUUGAGGUCGCCGACGAGUUCCAGAGAUUGGAGCACAGGGGCUACCAGCAGCUCACGAUGCUCGUGAAGUCUGUGGGGGUUACUUUCGUAGUGCUCAUCGGCCUCGGCUACGCUGGGGCACUGCUCGUCUGGGCGGACAACGAGAUGGCGAGCAUAUUUGUCAGCCUCCUGAUCGUCUUCUUCGCCAGUUUCGUCCUGAUGACCGCCGCCUCUUUCUCCAGAAUCGCGCACGUGCUCGGCGAUGGGCUGGCUCAUCUUCCCCUGUGGGGCAGAGUCUUGCCUCUGCUGAACAAUGACUGGGUGCAGGCAUUCCUCCUUUGCCUGUCGCUUCCACUGAUAUCUGCAUUUGCCGCUCUCAGUGUCGCAAACCAGCAGGUGCGCCGUGUGCGGGGCAUCUCUGGCUUCGUUCACCAAGGCGCAGUCGCGAGCCGGGUCUCAAGUACCACCGAUCCGGCCGAUCUGGCGACUCCUGCGGAUGUCUCUGCCUGCAGGGCGUUCCUGAGUGAUGUGUUCCAGCUGCUGCACCCUUCAGGUACGCAGAUCGAGUCUCCCCUUCGACCCUGGCUGACUGCAAGAGUCCAUGGGGCCUGGCUGAAAGUCAGAGGCUUCCGGUGGUUGUCCAUAUACACGAAAGUGUACGUUUGGUGUUUGGUGCCGUUUGCUUACUAUGUCGGCUCCUUGCUCUUCAGUGCAGGAUUCGCUUUCCUGAGGCAUGUCUUGACUCCGAUUUCUUUCGGCCUGAUCAUCGUUCUGACGUUCGUCGUUGGCGUGUGCGCCUUUCUCUGGCCCACGGUUCCAGGCAUGGUCGUCUACAUGUUCGGGGGGCUUCUGAUCCCAGACACGUGCACUGUACCGUCCAGUGGAGGCGAUGAAGCUCGAUUUUGGGCGGGAGUGUGCAUCAACAUAGUUUUGUGCUUCUUUCUCAAGCUCUCGGCUUGCGCGGUUCAACAGAAGGUCAUCGGCUCACGCUUGGGCCAAAAUGUCAGAGUCAGGCAAAUUUGCGGCGUGCACACCCCAGAAAUGCGAACAGUCGAGUCAGUGCUCAGAAAGCCAGGUCUUUCCAUCGGGAAGGUCGCGAUCUUGUGCGGAGGGCCCGAUUGGCCGGUGUCGGUACUCUGCGGGAUUUUAGACCUCUCUCUCCUGCAGUGCGAACUUGGAACAACGCCGAUUCUAAUUUACAUCAUACCUUGUUCCCUCUGUGGAUCUAUGUACCUGCGGGCUAGUGAUGGCGCCGAGUGGGAGGCAGCGGCCAGCGCGAUGGUCUUCGCGACGACCUUCAUGACAGGGCUUCUAUUGGUGGUUAUGGCCUGGGCGGUGCAGAAGGAGUGGGAGCAAAAGGGCGAGGAUCUCGGGAGGCCGUUGCGCCAGCAUGCAGAUCUGUGGUUCCUGGACCACAAGGCGGACACCCUGCGGCAGAGGUGCACUGUGACCUGGAACGAGCUGCCCCGCACCCUGCGCAACUGUUUCGCCCUGGGAGCCCUCGCUCAGAUCUUGGUGAGCCAUUGCUUCUUCUGGGCGUACUACCACCUGUUCGGUGACUUUACCGUCAGUCAGCCUUGGGGCACCAUCCAGUGGUAUGCUGGCACGAUCGACCAGUGCGGUUGCUACACACCUAGCGGUACAGCCGAUCGCAGCCAUUGCGUCUUUGCGUCGGCCGGCAUCGCUCUGACACUCUCUUACGCUGCCGCCUGGUUGCCGUACAAGGCCCUGUACCGGCACUGGGGGCGGCGGAACGCCAAGUUCAAGGAGGUGAUCGACCAGGAGUUCGACGAGGAGUACCAGAGGCGGUGGACCGACGCCUUCUUCACGGCGCCUGGCGCGCGGGGCCGGGCGCGGAGGCGCCCGCGGCCGCCGCGGAGCUGA